UUAAACCUGGGCUUUUACAAAUACUUUUUGAGACGGCGUAAAGGGGGAAUCCCUGGUUGCGUCAUUGGCCAGGGUGGAGAGGCGGGGCUCGGGACCUGGACCCCCACCCAACCGCUCGGCAGUGGCCCCUGCUCCGCCAGGACGGGAGUAGCCCGAGCAGUCAGUGCUCCCCCGGGUCCGCCCGUGUAUUUCAGGGGCCUGCGUAGGGCCUGCGCGUGCCGGUGGAGAGUGGAAACGGCUGCCCGGACCUUGUCCUGGUGAAGGGGCCCAAUCCUUGCUGCCAUGUCGGGGGGCUUCGAGUUGCAGCCGCGGGACGGCGGCCCCCGGCUCGCCCUGGCGCCGGGGGAGACGGUGAUCGGCCGCGGGCCGCUGCUGGGAAUAACAGACAAGCGAGUGUCCAGAAGACAUGCCAUUCUUGAGGUGGUCGGUGGCCAGCUCAGAAUCAAACCGAUACACACAAAUCCAUGUUUCUAUCAGUCUUCAGAAAAGAGCCAGUUCUUACCAUUGAGGACAAAUGUAUGGCGCUGGUUGAAUCCUGGAGAUAGUUUUUCUUUACUACUUGACAAAUAUGCAUUUUGUGUUUGCUCUACACACUCUGAAACAGAAAUGGAAUGUACAUUAAGAAACAGUCAGAUGCUUGAUGAAGAUGAUAUAUUGAAUGAAACACCAGAAUCGUCUUUGAUGAAUUUGCCUAAUGACGCAGCGGGUACCCUACAGCAGGAAAGAAACUUAGAAAUAGCAAAGACCCGGACUACCACUGCAAACAGUACGUCUUCCUUAGGUGAAUGUAGAAACUUUAGUGAGCAAAAGUCAAACCCCAUCCAGAGGAAAAGAAUUCUUCCAGCGUGGAUGUUAACGGGAAGUCUGAGUGAGCAAAACCUUUCAGCACCUGAUGUCAGUGGAGAUAAUGAUGUAAUUCAGGAAAAUGGGAAAAAAGCAAUCUACAAAGAUAAAACCCAAAGAAACAAAACACAGCAAGGAAGAAAGCGAUUAGUUUCUUCAGAAAACUCAAAAAGCACAUCCUCAGAGGAAGACACCAAGAAAAAAUGCAGAAAUGCUGAUGAGGAAGAAUCGCCUGUCAUUUCGACCAAGGAAAUACAACCACUUUCUCCAGUAACAUUGAGUGACUCAGAGGAGAAUCAUAUCAAGACUGAAACACAGAGAAACAAAAUCCCAACAGACAAAUUUGAUCAGAUUUCUGAACAUACAGUCUCAGAAGAAAUGCCAGAUAAGGAAGACAGGGCAGCAGACUGUUCUAAAAGUAGCCUGAGUGCCCAAGACAACACUCCAGGAUCUCACCCAGAGUCCGGCUCUCAUCCUUCCAGUCCUGAAACUUCGCCUACAGAGGCAGCUGACUCAGAUCCACAAGGUUCUGAAGAAAACAAGGUCAAAAGGACAUCCUGCAUGUAUGGUGCUAACUGCUACAGAAAGAAUCCUGUCCAUUUUCAACACUUCAGUCACCCCGGUGAUAAUGAUUAUGGAAGUUUACCAGUCAUGGAUCAAGAUGAGGCUGAUGAUCGGCCUGAAUGUCCCUAUGGAGCAUCUUGUUACAGGAAGAACCCCCAGCACAAGAUAGAAUAUAGACACGAUGCACUUCCAAUGAAAAGCGUUUCAGAUGAAGACGAUAAUGUUGGGCAAUCCAAUGAGUACGAUCUAAAUGACAGCUUUAUAGAUGAUGAGGAAGAAGAAUAUGAACCAACAGAUGAAGAUUCUGACUGGGAACCUGGAAAGGAAGACCAAGAGAAGGAAGAUGUGGAAGAGCUUGUGAAAGAAGCAAAGAAGUUUAUGAAAAGAAAAAAGUGACUCUUUUCUACAACAACUUAUGGCUCACAUUUACUCUUUACGGAAAAAAUUUCAGGAACUGAGGAGGCACUUAAAUGAUUAUUGUUCCCCCCUCCCCACAUGCACACACAGACACUUUUUUUAGUAGCUUUGAUUUUAAUACUGAUUUUUUGCAAUGGCACAUCACACUGAAAAAUCAACCUUAGUGUUCCUUUGCUUUCUUUGUCCUAGUUAAAAAUCAUAUGAAAAUGGGAGAAGAGAGAUAAGGACAAAUAAUCGAUAUUUUUCAUGUAUUUUUUAUGUUGGUAAUAAAAGAUAAUAGAUUGU